CCAAGUCUCGCCCCGCCCCCCGGCCGGCGCCCCGCCCCACCCGGCGUCCCUCGGCUUGCUGUCCAGCGCAGCCUGCGCCCUGGAGCGCCGGUUCUGCCGGCGGCGAGAUAUGGACCAAUUUUGACAAGAUGUAGUGCUGCAGCGUGCCUGAUGGGAUAUGUUCAGCCAUGGCAUCCGAACUUUGUAAGACGAUCUCUGUGGCAAGGCUGGAAAAGCACAAGAAUUUGUUCUUAAAUUAUAGGAACCUGCACCAUUUCCCAUUGGAGUUACUGAAAGAUGAGGGAUUGCAGUACUUGGAGAGACUCUAUAUGAAAAGGAACUCGCUUACAACCUUGCCAGAAAACCUUGCUCAGAAGCUUCCAAACCUUGUGGAACUGUACCUACACUCAAAUAACAUAGUUGUGGUACCGGAAGCCAUUGGGUCCCUUGUAAAACUCCAGUGCUUGGACCUUAGUGACAAUGCCUUAGAAAUUGUUUGCCCAGAAAUUGGUCGUCUGAGAGCUUUACGUCAUCUUCGGUUAGCUAAUAACCAACUGCAAUUCCUACCUCCAGAGGUUGGCGAUUUGAAGGAGCUGCAGACUCUAGACAUUUCUACCAAUCGUUUGCUAACUUUACCGGAGAGGCUUCACCUGUGCCUUUCUCUGCAGUACCUCACUGUGGACCGAAAUCGUCUGUGGUGCGUGCCACGCCACCUCUGCCAGCUGCCCAGCCUCAACGAGCUCUCCAUGGCUGGAAACCGUCUUGCAUUUUUGCCGCUUGACUUUGCUCCUUCCCAUGUUGCUAUGGAGAUUGUAUUAAAAGCAUUGACUUCAGUUUCUACCAUAGUCUUUAAAGCCCUUUUUUCGGGGGGAUACAAUUCCAGCCAUAACAGNGUUUUCCUCCCUGCCGAGGUGAAGGUCAUAGGGACAGAGAAUGAUCGCGUCCUGCCUCUGCAAGAGUUGGCCAUGAGGAAACUGCAUCAUACCUCCCACAGUUUUCUGAAAGAUUUGAACUUCCUGUCUCCAAUCUCAUUACCCAGAAGUCUCCUGGAGUUGCUGCACUGCCCUCUAGGGCACUGUCACCGGUGUAGUGAGCCCAUGUUUACGAUUGUCUACCCCAAGCUCUUUCCCUUGAGAGAGACGCCGAUGGCUGGACUGCACCAGGGGAGGACAACUGUCAGUUUUGUGGCUUACUGCUGCUCCACUCAGUGUCUGCAGACUUUCGACCUACUGAGCUGAUAAACACUCAAGAGCCUCAGGGGCGCUGCCAGCCUGACACGGCACUUGCCUGCAUGUCACACACUGUUUGUGCGGCCGAGGGACAGGAGAGUCCAACCAGCCAGGACACACAGGCCUUUCCAUCCUGUCCUGUCGAAUGCGGGGGACUGCAGAACUCUCUGGAAGUGUCAUGACUGAGCUUCAGAGCUAAAAUGCCUUCACCCUGCCCCCAAGUUGGAAUAUAUCCUCCCCCAAAAUUAA